AUGAGUUUGUAUCGCUCCGCUGCACUUUCUAGUAGAAUCAAAAAGUCUACCCCUUCAUUGAAGCGAGCUUCAUCCUCCCCUUUCUCUUCUCUGCCUAAACGAAAACAUAUACAGCGAUCGAAAUCAAAAGCAGAGUCUGAUGAGGAGGAGGAGGAGGACUUCUUAAAUGAUAAGCUUGAUGAUAUAGGUUUGGUCGAAGCUCUUGCAACCGAUCUCACUUUACGGGAUGUUGCGCAAGCUAUUCAGUAUAUAAGGGGAAGGAUGUGGAACAGUAUACCGGGGCAGAAAAGCGGGAUGAAUUCGACGAGAAUCACAGAGGUUCUCAACUAUCGAGAUUCAUUGCCACCCAUUGUUACUGUCUCACAUGUUCAAGCUUUGUUACACUCUCCAAGCGCGGUUGAACGAGAGGUCGUAGAAUUAAUACAGGAAGGGGCGAUAAGAAAAGUGGUCGUUGAUGGGAGAGGAGGUCUAGGGGAGGUUUUAAUAUUGGUGAAGGAUUUAGAAAAUAUGAUAGACAGGAGCAACUUAGAGGCUUCUUUAAAGGAAGAAUUGAAAACGUUACUGCGAGAGAAUCCCACGGCGUUGAAGUUCUCUAGGACUCUAUUCACAGAGGAAGGUUCUCAGGCAUACAUGCAUGCUGGCUUUCUUACCUCGUCAACGACCAAUUACACAGCCACAGAUCACUUCUCGAGACCUGGCGAUGGUUCAAAAGGGACCCUGACUUCGCUGAACAGUAUCUCAAGGGCAGCGUCCGGCUCUCUAGCCGCUGUCGGUGGCGAAGGAGCUGUUCAUGCUUCUGGAGGUAGUGGAGGCGGUGCUCGAUUAACCGGGAAGGGAGAUUUUUCUCUUUCCCUUCCUGCGACGGGAAAAUUUCUAAAGUUGUUGAGUAGUGCCCGCCUUCAUCUCGUAUCCUUGCUGUCGAAAUCGAAGUAUCGUGAAGCACCCGAAUCUCUUCUGCGGGAGCGGUGGAAUGGAGGGAUUGAAACAGAUGAUGGUGUGAGUGCGGCAAAGAGGAAUAGAGGAGAGUUUUCUGGCGUUCUUCCCGGCAAAAUUAGAAAAUGGAAGCAGUAUUAUGGGAUCUCAUUUGAAUGGAUAUUGGCAGAGUGUGUCGGCGCGGGGUUGGUUGAAGUCUUUGAUACCAGGAGCAUCGGAAGAGGCGUCCGGACAUUAUAA